CAACAUAUCCCGCUGUCCCUCGUCUCCUCCUCCUUCCUCCCCCCCCCCCCCUCUCGUUCCACUUUCUAGGGCUUUCCCUCGGGGAAAUCCCCAAUUCUUGUUCGAUUUAAUCCGCAUCUACCCCUCGAUUCUGUCGCGGAAUCUCCUCCUCCUGCUCCAAUGACAUGAUGCGAUCUUGCGACCUUUCAUGAAGCAGCAGCAGGUUCUUGGAUCGAUCCCGCGCGCCGCUGCCGGUAACUCUCGUCUCCAUGGCGCCGCCGCUGAGGAUCGCGAUCGUCCGCGACGAGGAGACCGCCGCCGACGACACGCCGACGGCCAAGAAGACGCUCAGGGCCGAGUCCAGGGUCCCGCUCACCAGGUGGGAGGCGGCUGCCGCGGCCGCUGUGUUCUUGAUCUUCGCCGUUGGACUGUUCUGUAUCUUCCUCACCAUGCCCGAGGCAGAGUACGAUAAGAUCCUCAGGCUGCCGCGCAACCUCUCCGACCUCCGCGUCCUCAAAAAUAAUUUGGCCGUAUAUGCCAGAGAUUACCAAGCCAAAUUUGUAUUAGGAUAUUGUUCAAUCUACAUCUUUAUGCAGACAUUCAUGAUACCUGGUACUAUAUUCUUGUCAUUACUGGCUGGAGCUCUUUUUGGGGUCAUAAAAGGUGUUAUUUUGGUUGUUUUCUCUGCAACUUCUGGUGCUUCAUCCUGCUAUUUCCUUUCCAAGUUAAUUGGCAGGCCUUUGGUCAGCUGGAUGUGGCCUGAAAAGUUGAGAUUUUUCCAAGCAGAGAUAGCAAAACGCAGAGAAAGGCUGCUAAAUUACAUGCUUUUUUUGAGGAUAACCCCAUCUUUACCUAACACAUUCAUAAAUCUGGCAUCUCCAAUUGUUGAUGUUCCUUUUCGCAUUUUCUUUCUUGCAACGUUGGUUGGUCUUGUUCCAGCAUCUUACAUAACUGUCAGAGCUGGUCUGGCUCUCGGGGACUUGAAAUCUGUUAGGGAUCUCUAUGACUUGAAGACAUUGGCGGUCCUGUUCCUUAUUGGAUUUGUCUUCAUAUUUCCAACAAUCCUAAAGAGAAAGAGAACAUAUGAAUGAGGCAGCUUGCUUGGCGUUGACUUUUUUUGCUUUCUGUGACAAAUUAUUGUUCUCUGUCACCUGAACAUUAGAAAAAGUAAGGUAUAACCCUCAUUUUUUUUGUUUUCUUUGGCCACGAACCUGCCUCAUCCGCCCACGACUUAGCUUGUAGAAUGAACCAAAGUGUAACUUUCUAUUGGUAAUACGAAGUUUCUGCUUUUGUUGUCGUA